GCAGUGACGACUUUCCCCACAGCAGCCUCAUACCGGAAAUAAUCGCCAUUCAUUCACUAUUCUGAAUACGGAGACAUAUUCGUGUUCUACUUCUACCAUAUCAAGCCUCAAGUUUCUCGGCCAUUGCACCCAAUAAGAACUAACUCAAUGAUACCAAAAACGACUAAAAAAUUGGAUCCAAACUAAAGAGAUUGAUAUGAUCAGAUUAAAAAAAUAAAAAAAUUUGAUUAUCCAAUUAAGUAUUCGAUGCUGAAAUUAAUAUUUUGAUUCAUUAGCGGUACUAUCAAAUUUUUAGAACCAUUGAACCAUAAAAAGUGAAUUUAUUGUUAUAUUCUUUCACUGUUUAACAAAAACAGUAUAUCAAAGUAUAAAAAUACCGAAACAAGUUGCAUGAUAAGUAUUUGAAGAGUACGAUGACGUGAAACUAGAGUAAAUAAACAGGAACAGUCUCCAAUAAUUAAUAAAAAAAAAUCAAGGAAAUUAAAAUGUCUGAGAUCGAACAUCUGUCUGUAUCACCAGUUCCAUCUCAACCAGUAGGAACUUUAGUUAUCCAACCAUCAAGUUAUCGUAUUCUACGUUCGCCAAGUCACGAGAGUGUCACAACAGAUUUAUCACUAUUUAGCGUUUCGUCAUUAGCAAGCAAUGCUAAAAGCAGUAAUCGGUUAACUACUUUCAAAUCUUACAGUGAUGCACAUCUUUCUGGACGUGGAUCAUCACCAAAUCCUGAUGCUCGCGAUAGUCAAGGAAACCGGCCAGCAGACAUUCCUGAAAUUUUGUGGUUUGAAGAGGAAACAGAAUUAAUCCGUAGUUGCGCUGCGCUUUCAUCAGCCCUUGGCCUACAAAAAAGUUUCAGUGCAAGCGACGUAUCACAGUUACCCAGUCCUGAAGCAUCCUGUCCUCAGGCACUACGCUCUGCAGUUUCGGCGUUGGCUUUAGAUUCAGCACAUCGCGAUGGAUUUUUAUUGGAACAGGCUCGUCUAGAUCAUGCAUCCAGAUCUUGCAGCACUUGGGUAGCAGUUGGUGACAUUGCCAGUACAUCACAAUUACCGAGUCCCCAUGGAGGUGUUUCUCAGCAAAUUUCAUCGUCAUUGCAUCCGCAGCCUAUACCAUUCACAGCUGCUGAUCUUGUCAAGUCUGUUAACAAAAAAGUUCGCCAAAAUUAUAUACGCCGAAGAUUAUUGACGACUUACCGAGCUCUUGAAAGACUCUCUCAAAGUGAAUUUAAUCUAGACAGACUGGAAGCAGCUGCUUCGGCUGCUCAAACAUCAGGAGUUACACUUAUAGUUCCUGGUACUAUUCCAAACAUAACUGGAUCGACGAUUGUUAAUCGCAAGACUAAUAAUGAUCAUCCGCUUACUGUUAAUGAUGUUGAACGUGAACGUGGUAAACAAUUGACAAAAUAUGAAAGAAACAUGAUGAUCUUCAACUGGUUACACAAUCUAGAUGAUGAUCCUGACGACAGCCUUCCAACAGAGAGUGGAGUAAAAGUGCUAAAAAAUGAAUAGUUUUGUUUGUUACUGGUGUACAAUAUUUAAAUAAUGUGUUAAUUUUUGUGAUUGAUACACAUUUUGUUUAUAAAUAUAUAUUUAAUUGAUAAAUUUACAUUUUAAUAGUAUUUUGUUCAAAAUCUUUAAAAAGUAUAUAGAGGAGGGGAAAUAAAUAUUUUUUAGAUACAUAUCACGUUUAAGGAUUUAUAACCACUUUGAAAAUAUUUAAUUAAUAUUAUUAAAAUCAGCCGACAAAAAAAACAGUUUAUUUAUUAUUUUUUUAACAAUAAUUCUCAUAUUUUGAUAGAGACAAUCAAGCAAAACCUUAAAGUUUUUAGCAAUAAAUAAAAUUUUUGUUUCAAUUUGAUUCACACCUGUGGAAUAAAUCGUCUUCAUCUAGUUCAAUCGCUAAUCGUCAUUAAAUUUGACAAUUAUUAAGUAAUUUUUCAACCAAAAAAAUUCACCAUUUAAAUGAUAGUCAUGUUAACAUUCUAUUAUUUUUAGUAGUUUUUUAACAGAUAAAUUAUACCAAAAAAAAAAUUACAUGCAGGAAUU